CAGGAUGUUGCUGGUCUACAUGUGAGCGCACAGGCUGAGGGAUUGGGGCACCUCUCUAGCUUUGCGUACUCUUGGAAUUCUCUGUCAGCUUUAUGAGGUCACCUGGAAUGGUUUUCCAACACUAUUGAAGGCGUUCCCAGAGAUGGCAGUGACUCAGAAUAAACGAAUUGUCCAGUUAACCGGUUUUAGAGAUGUGGAGAGAGAAACCCUGAUCCAGCUAGUCCGCAGACUUCCCUGUGUGUGUAUUGAUUCUGAGAAGUUUGAAAACUGCACCCACCUGAUUGCAGAAAGACCAAAUAGAAGUGAGAAGUGGCUGGCCGCCUGUGCAGCAGGAAAGUGGGUACUGACUAAAGAGUACGUAAUUAACAGUGCAGAAAGCGGCAGAUGGCUUGAUGAGACGACUUUCGAAUGGGGAUAUAAAAUAGAAAAAGACGCCCAUUAUUCACCUCAGAUGCAAUCUGCACCAAAAAGAUGGCGCGAACACCUGACACACACUAGAGCUCUGGGGGCUUUCAGCAGAUGGAAAGUGACCCUUCUGAUUGAGGAGGCUGAUAAAGAAAGGGAGGCUCUUUUAAGAGUUCUUACAGCAGGACAUGCCACGGUGCUAUACAAUCCACACAAACCAGAUGAGGAGAUAACGCAUGUCUUUACCAAUAACAGAAGCUUUCUGCAAAAUAAAGAAGUGAGAGUCUAUAGUGCCCAGUAUCACUCUGUGCUGUACAUCGGAACAUAUCUUCUUCAGGACCCAAUACAUACACCAGUAGAUAUGACUGAGGAGCAGGUUGCAGAAUUGAAGAGUUCUAUAUGGAAACGUAUUUGUGCGGCACAGGCAUGUCAUCACAGAUGUAUAGUGGAUAACGGACAUUCUGAAAAACGUAAGCUGAAAGUUGAAAUUGGUCGAACAAGUCUGAACAGAAUUGAAGAACUUAUUGAAGGACAGUUCUUUACAGAAGCAUUUGGGGAGAUUAGACACCUAAUUCCUUUGGUUUUUCCUCAACAUGUUUUUGAGCUGCUGCUCAAGCACUUCAUGCAGGGGAAUGUAGAAAUCAACAACUUUGGUCAGUUAUUAGAUAUAUUUUUCAGCACUGUGCGUUAUCGUCCUCCAUGGGAAUCCAAUCAUAUGGUACAGUACUACCUUAAUGCUCUCCAGUGUCCAGUUUGCAAGAAGGGGACAUGGGCCUUCAUCGAAACUCUUAUAAAGUGUUUUCUGGAGGACAGAUUCUGCUUAUGCCAUGAAACAUCUGAUAUGCAAAUUGAUAGUCAUAAAAGGAGGAAAAUUGUUGCAACAAUACUAAAAUUUCUGUCAAAUGUUAUGCAAGAAGAAGCAAAAGCACUAAGUAAAAAACUUUGUGAACAAGCAGAUUUGUCCCGCAAAACUUUGUGUCCUUCCUUUAUUCUUGGAAUAUUUUGGCCUGAAACCAGGACAAUGGUCUUUUUAACCAAGAACAUGAGCGUGUUGACAGAUCUUUUAAUAAUGUGUCAUAAGAAGAUGCAUCCUGUAGAUGAUGCAUUAUCCCAGGAGGUGACCUCGCACUUGAGUGGGAUGCUCGCUGCUGUUGUGGAAUACUGGAUACUACUUGGCUUCUAUCUGAACAAAAAGUUGGUGCAUCAAGUGGCAAGUGACUUCGUAUUCUACAUCAGUGUUUCAUGUGAAGAAUUUACAGUAGAAGAAAAAAAAAUGUUUGUUUCCUCCAUUGCUUCGCCGUGGCUUCAGAUGUUGGUUGCAGAAGUGAUUUUCAAGAACCUUUGUACUGAAAGCAGCCUCCAAAUGUCUAAUGAGCCAUUAACUUUACGAAAACUGAUCUCCACAUACAUCCCAGCGUUAUGGAAGGCGGUAGCAUGUGGCAAUGAAAAAGUCCAGAAUCUCGCAAGAAAAAGGAAAAUAGGGCAGCGGCCUUGCCUGGAGUCUCAGAGGGCUUUACUGAUGCUAAGUGGUGAAAAUCAAAACCAGGGCGAUGCGCUGCUUGAUCUGCCAAUUGCGGCAAAGUUAAGAUGCAAAACAAGAGGGGAAUCAAGUCAGAUCAAAGAGCCUCAAGUUAGUAGACAGUUCUGCAGCGGUCAGGACAGAAAAGGAGAGACGGCCAUGCAUAGAGCUUGCCGGAGCAACAAUGUCAAGAAGCUGCACCUACAGCUCUCCCUCCCCGGAAUUGACAUUAAUGCAAAAGACAAUGCAGGCUGGACGCCUUUACAUGAGGCUUGUAACCAUGGCAGCACAGAAUGUGUCCGUGAAAUUUUGCAGCGCUGCCCAGAAGUAGACUUGCUCAGUCAUGUGGAUGGUGUGACUCCCUUACAUGAUGCUCUACAAAACGGACAUAUUGAAAUUGGCAAAAUGCUUCUCCAACACGGGGGAGCAGUCAUUUUGCAGAAACAGGAUUCGGAUGGGAAGUUUCCUCUGGAUUAUAUCUCUUCUCCGCAGCUAAAAAAUGAACUCUUUGCAGUGGUUGAAGUGGAAGAAAGUGUUGAGGAUUUUCACAAAAUUGCCAUUCAAGCAUCUGAUAAUCGUAAACUAGAAUUUGGUGCAUUCCUCCUCUUCAGAAUGUUAGUCAAUUUUAUUUCUGUAUAUGGUUUGCCUUCAGAUGCCGUUACUGCCAAAGCACUGUAUCCCGACUCUGCUUUUUUAGCGGGUCAUUCAAAAAGUACACACACUGCCUUCAGCAAUUUAGUAGUGGAAACCUACCUGGAAGCUUUAGCCACAAUGGAUCAUUUGAAUGACUGUUUACAGUCCAUUCCCGAUUCCCUUCUCGAGAAGCCUGGAUUUAAUAUGCAGGUUCUACUCUCUGUCCUUCAUACUCUGGCCUCCUCUUCACAAUUUCUUAAAACAUUGAAGAGAAGCAGUUUUGAAAUGCAGCCUACCACCAGUCAGCUCUGAAUGUCUGUCAUUUCUGUGAUUAAAGGAACACUCUUGGAAAAGCUCAUACAAUGUAUGAUACCUCAUACAGGGCCUCAGGGGGCGAAGCAGAACAUGACCCCGGUCUGGUGCUCUCAAAAUCUUCCUGCCAUGCACUGCCUCCUCACUGAGCACUAGUGUAUCAGUAUUUUCUGGUGUGCUCAUUUAAAGGGGUUGUGUAGUGUCAGAAUAUUGAGGACCUAGGUCCUCUCCUCAGGAUAGGUCAUCAAUAUCACAACGGUAGCGGUGCGACUCCCUGCACUGCCACCGCUAUAAUCUGGUUGAAGAGGCUGGGGGGCUCUUCAGUGUUUACCUGCACACUGUCUAGAUUGUAGUGGCGGUG